AAAAAGACAUCGCGAAUCGGAAGACACGUAGAUGCGUGACGUAGAAUGUGUUGAGCGAGCUAAGAAAGAACAUGGCGGCUGACGAGGACUCGGAAGAUUAUUUUGUUAGAGAAAUAGAGAAAAAUGACGGGUCUGUUUUAAGAAUGUACCAGUGCAGCAAAGGGGACGUGGGCUGUGUAGUAUGGGACGCUGCUAUAGUCCUGUCAAAGUACCUCGAGACGGAACAGUUUUGCAGUGUUCAGUCUGGAGUCAGUACGUGGUCCUGUAAGAACAUUAUUGAAGUGGGCGCAGGAACAGGACUCGUGGGUCUCGUGGCCGCGACUCUGGGGGCAAAUGUCACAGUGACAGAUCUGGAAGACCUGCAGCCUCUCCUUCAACUAAACAUCAAGAAAAAUCUGCAUCUCAUCCGGACAGGCUCAAUCACAGCCAAGGUACUGAAAUGGGGAGGAAAUGUCGAAGAAUUUCUCCCUCAUCCUCAUUAUAUUCUGAUGGCCGAUUGUAUCUACUAUGAGCAGUCUGUGGAGCCACUGGUGGAGACUCUGAAACUCUUGGCUGGACCAGAGACGUGUAUCAUCUGUUGCUAUGAGCAGCGCACGGUUGGCGUAAAUCCUGAAAUAGAAAAGAGAUUCUUUGAGCUACUUCUGCAAGAAUUCCAGUCAGAGGAGAUCCCACCUGAGAAACAAGACCCCGAGUUCAACAGUCCUGACAUUCGCAUUCUCCACCUGCGACGAAGAGUCGACUGAAUGGCUUUAUUUGCUCCUCUGUUUGAAAUGACGAGGAUGGGUUGGGUGUGUUUGUGUUUCAGUGGACUGUGGUGGUGUUGGUCAGAUGUUUGACACUGAACCAUAUGAAUGCAAACUGUUUUUAAGUGCUUAUCAUGUGGUACGGGAGGCCGGCCUUAAUGUGAACUUAUGGGUCUUUGCAGACAAACACAGUUUGAGUGAAUGGUUCUGUGUGUGAAAACUGGCAUCAAUAAAUCUCAAAUGUGUUUUUAACAUACCGAUUUAGAGAAUGUUGAACUGAGUGUAAUCUGUAAAUAAAAAAUUUCUAAAAUGAAGAAAAAAAGCAUUUUUGUUGAUGUGAAGUAAUUGAAAAACCUUUAGAAAAUGCUAGAAAAGUUUCACUAAACAUGAUGUUGUGUUGUUGCAGCCUCUUUUACAGGAGGCUCAGUUUUGGCCAUUGUCGUUCUGGGCUAUUGAAUUACUUUAGAGAUGGCAAAGUUGUGGUUGCAGUGUAGAGUGGAGAUUAGUUCAAACUUUCAGCAUUUCUUAAGAUUUAAGUAACUAUGUCUGGAUGGAGACAUACUUUGACUAAUUGCAAUUGUUGAGAUUUGAAGCAUCUAUUAAUUAUUUUGGUAUUUAAAUAUUUGGAUCAUUAUUAAUAACAGAGACAGUGUGAAUGUGUG